AAUCAUACACACACAUGUCCAACUUGAUCAAACACACACACACAUGUCCAACCCCACAAACUCUUAUGCAAGAGUUACUGUGCUUUUCCUGCUUAAAGUGUACUGAGGUUGUGCUUUUUGGUUUCAUCUGUUGUUAGAUUUUUCUGAACAACAAUGAAAACAGUGUUGUGUCACAACUCUCAUGUCUCAAAACCUUAGCUUUAGUUCUGAAAAAAAAUAAAAUAAAGGUGGGAACACAAAAACCAUUCUUGCGCCAUUACAGGGCUCUCUUAAUGCUUUGCUUCACAUUAUUGAGGGUCUGCUUUAAUUGCAGACUUUCUCAUGUUUGUCCUUUGAUGUGACAAGCUAGUUUUGCUUCAGCAUGUGCUGUUGCUUCCACCGAUUUCUCUUCAAUUUUAUUAUCCAUGGAUUGUUGGUGAAAGCUGAGAGAGAUCUUCAAAAUUGAUCUAGUUUUCUUUCCUUGAGGAGAAAAAUGGGACUGCAGCUGAUUUUCCUGUUAAUUAAGCUACAUUUAGUUGUCAGCACUCAACAACUUCAUGAAUAUGCAGCUGCCACGCUGCUCCAUUCCAGUGCCAGAAGCCAUUUUGGCAUUGCAAUCCCACCAUCAAAGUCAUCUUCUGAAAUUCCUAGUAUUGCACACCCACCUUCAGAGUCAACUUCUGAUGUACCUGAAAGUAUUGCACUUCCACCUUCCAAGUCAAUUUCCAAAGCUCCUACAAAGAUAAGGACACAUGGUUCUGUUGAUUCUCCAAUAUCACAUCAUAAACACCACUAUUCCAGAAGAAAGUCGCACAACCAAACUCCAGCACCAGCAUACCCAAUCCAGGCUCCUAGUUACAGUCAUCAAGGUCCCUCAGUCUUAAAGUCAGAUCCUCCUUUCUCUUCACCAAAGAGUGGGGAUAUUCUUGCACCUGCACCACCACCAGCAAUUUGGUUAGGUCCCAUGGAUGCACCCUCUCCUUCACCUAGAAUUUCACCUAUAGGUUCAUCGUUGAAGAAGAUAAAGACUCCACCACCAGCAUAUGAAUUGGUUCUGCCACCUCCACUUCCUAAUAAGAAUUGCUUGUCGAUAACUUGCUCAGAUCCCUUGACAUAUACACCUCCGGGAUCACCUUGUGGUUGUGUAUGGCCCCUUCAAGUUAAACUCAGUAUCAACGUUCCAAUAUACAAUUUUUUCCCUUUGUUUUCAAAGCUAGCUGAGGAAAUUGCAGCAAGUGUUCUGCUGAAUCAUAGCCAAGUUCGCAUUGUGGGAGCUGAUGCAGCUAGUCAGCAACUAGAGAAAACCACUGUUCUCAUAAACUUGGUACCCAAAGGAGUAAAAUUUGAUGAUACCAUGUCAUUUUUAAUGUAUAAGAAAUUCUGGAACAAGGAGAUUCUAAUAGAUGCUUCAGUCUUUGGUGCUUAUGAAGUACUCUAUGUUCAUUAUCCAGGUCUUCCACCCUCUCCACCUUCAGCUCCCUCAGAUGCUUCUAGUAUAGAUGAUGGGCCAAAUCCAGGUUAUGACAACAGUGGAACGGCAAUAAAACCUUUAGGAGUAGACGUCUCAAAGAACAAAAAAGAAGGGAGUAAUGGAAGAAUGAUUGUUAUAAUUGUGCUGUCAUCAGUUACUGCUUUCGUAGUAUUCAUCAGUCUUGCUUGGCUUUGUCUCUUGAAAUAUCAUUCUUGUGCCAAUGAACGUAAAGAAAUUCCAGAUGGCUUAAUUCGAUCCUACUCCAAACAAUCAAAGACUGCUAGAUCAAUUACUCAUGGGAUCACACCGGGUUCUGGAUCACAGUCCUUCAAUUCUGGUACAAUAACAUAUACAGGGUCUGCUAAGAUUUUUACUUUGAAUGACUUGGAGAAAGCAACAAAUAAUUUCGAUUCUUCAAGAAUAUUAGGAGAAGGUGGCUUUGGCCUAGUUUACAAAGGUAUUCUAAAUGAUGGAAGGGAUGUAGCAGUGAAGAUUCUCAAAAGAGAGGAUCGGCGUGGUGGCCGUGAAUUCUUGGCAGAAGUUGAGAUGCUUAGCCGCUUACACCAUAGAAAUUUAGUUAAAUUGAUAGGUAUAUGCAUAGAAAAACAGACUCGGUGCUUAGUCUAUGAGCUUGUCCCUAAUGGAAGUGUGGAAUCCCACUUACAUGGAGCUGACAAGGAAACUGAUUCAUUGGAUUGGAAUGCCCGGAUGAAGAUUGCUCUUGGUGCAGCUCGGGGAUUGGCCUAUCUGCAUGAAGAUUCAAAUCCAUGUGUCAUACAUCGGGACUUCAAGGCCAGCAACAUCUUGUUGGAGUGUGACUUUACACCUAAGGUUUCAGAUUUUGGAUUGGCUAGAACUGCACUUGAUGAGGGAAACAAACACAUCUCCACACAUGUCAUGGGAACAUUUGGCUACUUAGCUCCUGAAUAUGCUAUGACCGGUCAUCUUCUGGUCAAAAGUGAUGUUUACAGUUAUGGAGUUGUACUACUUGAGCUCCUAACAGGAAGAAAGCCUGUGGAUUUUUCACAACCACCAGGUCAAGAAAAUCUUGUGACAUGGGUUCGUCCACUUCUCACAAGUAAGGAGGGUUUGCAGAUGAUCAUAGACCCAUUUGUAAAGCCAAACAUUUCUGUUGAUACUGUGGUAAAAGUUGCAGCCAUUGCAUCCAUGUGUGUGCAACCAGAAGUCUCACAACGUCCUUUCAUGGGUGAAGUUGUUCAGGCCUUGAAGCUGGUAUGUAGUGAGUUUGAGGAAACAGACUAUGUAAGAUCGAGGAGUUUUCAAGAAGAGGGUAUUCUAACUGGUAUGAAAGGAAAGUUAUCUGAAGUUUCAGGUGAAAGAGUGGAAUUUUCAAAGUAUCAAAACACUCUCUCUGGGUAUCAAUCUGGUAAAGAAAAUGUAGCAUUAUCAGCAUCAGAGUUGCUCAGAACUUCAGGUCAGGAAUUUGAUUCAUUCAGAAGGUAUUCUACAUCAGGGCCUCUUACUACAGGGAAGAAAAGGCAGUUUUGGCAGAAGCUGAGAAGUUUGUCCAGAGGUAGCACCAGUGAACAUGGAUUUUCAACUAAACUAUGGCCUGGAUCCCAUUAAACUUUCAAUAAUCUUGCAUUUUGAAUACCAAAUUUAUUGUUCCACGAAUUGCAUGCCGGAUUGACUUGAAAGAAAAUCUUGUGAUAAUGAUGUAAAAAGUAACAACCUACAACUAUUAUCAAUAUAAACUAUGUACCCCUGUUGUUUUCUUGGUAACUUUGUAUGAACAAUAGGUACUAUAGAGAAUAAUAACAUUAUAACCUUUAAAUCGAUAGUUUUGUUGAAAGGAGUUAAGUCACAUAUAAGCAAAUAGAUAAAAUAGGGAGGGAAAGCAACAACUUCUACACAGAUUGUGUUAAUUGGACACCAUGUUUCUUUCCAUCUCUACAUUCUUAAAAAAAUAUUCAAGUUUUUAUGCCUAUUCUACAAUUCAAUAUCUUCCAUAUUUUAAAAUCCCAAAACGACUUUCUAUUUUUCCCUGCAUAUAGAAAAGGUUAAAACAGGUCACUACAGUA